AUCACACUCCGUCCAGAAGCCUCUCCAGUCCCAGAUUUCACACGCAAAACCAAAACCCCACCUUCGUCUACCUCCAGGGGCCGCCGGCGGAGCCCAAGAUGGCGGGCACCAUCGAUGUCCUCGACAACGACGACCUCCGCGACAUCCUCCGCCGUCUCUCCGCGGCCGACCUCCUCCGUGCCGCCCUCGCCUGCCACCGCUGGCGCCGCGUGGCCUCCCGUUGCUGCCCCCGCGCAGCCCCGCUCCUCGGCUACUUCUUCCACCCCACCAAGGACUCCGAUCGAACCUGUUCCGACGCCGUGUUCAACCCCCUCGACGCCUCCGUCCCGCGCCUCUCCCUCGACUUCGCCCCGGACGCCUCCAACUUCCAGCUCUACGACUCCCACCAAGGCCUCCUCCUCCUCGAACCGGCCGUCAACCUCCCCAAGGGCAUCCUCCCCCGCUUCCUCGUCCUCGACCCGGCCACCCGCCGCCGCGUGCUCCUCCCGCCGCCCCCGCGCGACACGGUGCCCGACGACCGCAUUUGGUGCACCUCCAGGUACUACAUCGGCUCCGCGCUCCUCUCCCGCGCGCACCCCAGCAAGCUCUCCUUCGAGGCCAUCUGCUUCGCCAUCGACGACGGGCACCCGCGCGCCUGGGUCGCGUCCGUGGACGACGGCGACUGCCGCUGGCGCGCGCUCCCGCGGGACGAGGAUGUCCUCGUCGAAUUCGACCCCUGGCUGUUCGAGAAACGCGGCGUGCACGCCGCCGGAAAGAUCUACUGGCACAUCUGCAACUCCUGGCGCGUGCUCGUGCUGGACCCCUCCACGCUCAAGUUCUCCUACCUGCGGGCGCCGGACGCGCUGGGCUGCGCCAAGUACCGCGUCGGGGAGACGCCGGAAGACGGGCGGCUCUGCAUCGUGACCGACGCCGAGAGCCAGCUGCAGCUCUGGGUGCGCGGGCAGACCAGGUGGAGCGACAGGGGCUGGCUUCUCGAGAGGAAAAUCGUCGACUUGCGCGUGCUCUGCGACAUGAUGCCUGGCCUGCCCAACCACCCCAUGUUCAGGACCCUCAGCGUCUGGCCCAGUGACAUGGACGCCGCCCGCUCCGGCAAGGUUUUCAUCAGAACCAUGGGGUACGGCCGCUUCUCCUUCCAUCUCGAUACGGGCAAGCUCGAGCGUCUGUCCACGGAAACCGGCAUGGAUUACGGACACCCCAUCUUCGCCUACUUUCUCGCAUGGCCGCCCGCCUUCCUUGCUCCCGAUCAGUACUGAAUCCAGUUACUUCUUCACAAGCAUUUCUUUGCUCCCGAUCAGUACUGAAUCCGGCCAGUUACUACUUGGUGGUGACUUGCAAAGAAUUGGCGCAACUUUGUUUGGAGUCAGCUUGCGUGCAUCCUUCCAUUUCUAAUUCUACUCACUACUUAUGUGCUGCCAUCUCCCUUUCAAUCUGCACGCCGAGAAGCUCUGAGCAUUGUGUGGUGUGUGUGGUAUGAGACUAUCUAUGCAGUUUAUUCAUGCUAUGUUAUCUAAGCAUCCUUUGGACAAGAUGAUAUUGGCCAGAUGUACUGUCAAAUUAUGCUGAAUUUGGACGAACCAUGGUUUUGCUCGUAUUCAGUAAUAUUUAUCUUAUUUUGAA